GAUCAUGAGUGUUUCCUGGAGAGAGCUCGAACAAGGCCACUUAGGGAACGGGAGAGAAGAUACUGAGUCCGAAUGCUUCGUUUUUGCCGUUUUGGGCGAUCAGUACAAUGUCCGUGCUGCGCACCGGAUAAAGGUAUAAAGCAUCGUGAGAAUCACCAGGUAGAAUAGAUUCUCAUCCAGCAAUCAAGCAAGCAUCCAUUCCAACAAAGCAUUCCAGCAUCCAUCUAUUUAACUCAGUUCAAGUUCUUUCAAUCGACUCAAAAACCCACUACAAUCAAAAUGAAGUUCUCCACCACCGCCGCUCUCCUCGCUGCCACCAGCACCACCGUCCUGGCUGCCCCCAAGGCGCUGAUGCCCUUGCAGCUGAACAACCUGCACAUCCGACACAACAAGGGUAUCCACAAGACGAUGGUUGAUUUCGACCUGAUCGAUCUGAACAAGGGCACAUCCGGCUUCAAGUGCGAGGUCCAGCUUAUGGAGGACCACCCCUACAACGAGCAGGUCAACAAGCCGUGCGCCGACGCCCUCUACGAGUUCGGCUUCCCCGGCGGCGGCGUCAAGAACCCCCGCGACCUCACCCUCGGCGCCAGGAAGGUCGGCGAGGGGGCCUUCUACGGCCAGAUUGAAAUCAACGAGGGUGCCGAGUGGCAUUGCGUUGACGAUAGCAACCCCGGCGGCAAGUUCACCGAGUGCAACCUCACUGGUUACCUCAAGAUCCCCGUGAACCUGGAAUAGGCUAUUGCUUGCUUUCGGCCCGCCAGUUCCUUAUUUGGAAUUGCGCUUGAUACUCAAUUUCAGCGAUGUGUUGAUGUCUCUCCUUCAUCUUUCUAGCAGACCGUUGAUGUUGUUUGCCUUCGUUGUCGUUUCUCUUUCUUUUGAUUUGAUAAUUAUCUGUUGCUUGUUGCUCACAUGUACCUAAUAAGAGGCGGUCUUUGUGGCUGGCUAUAGAAAGUUUGAUCCAACUAUU